AAACUCAAUCAACCAAUUCAAAUAAUAGUGAAGAAAUGGAAAGAAAUUUAGUAACUACCAAUGAAGAUCUCCAAGAUUCUUUAAGUGCUGAACUAUGGGGAUCAUGUUCAAUACCUAGCCAAGACAUUACCGAAAAUAAAUUUACUCGCUACAUGAAAGAACCAAUUGCACAUAAAAAUCAAGAUCCGUUA